AUGGGGUACAGGAAGGACACCCUCCAGUCGCAGCGACAUCAACUCGAAGACCUCGAUGCCAAGUUGCGCGAGACCGACGAAAAGCUGAAGCAACUCGAGGCGACGCGCCACCGCCACGACCAAACGUCGACCAUGCCGCCCAGAAAACCCGUGUCGUCCCUCAUUCCUGGCGACAGUGACGCCGAUUACAGCAGCGGAGACAGCGAUGGUCAGGGCAAAUCAUCACCGCCACGGGAAGCACAUUCGAGAUGA